GGGGGCUGCGGGCGCCCGGCUCCCCGCCCGGCCCGGCCGGCUCCCGGCGCGCGGCCGCCGCAGCCGCCGCAGUCCCCGCAGCCGGCUGGGAGGCCGUCCCUGCACCCGGCGCAACUUGCCUCGGACCCUCUGUGAGGAGAGGCGGCGGCGGCGCGCGCCGGGCCGGGCGGGAGCGGGCGAGGCGUGCGGGCGCCCGGCGCGAUGCCUCCGGCCAGCGGCCCCCGAGCGCCGCGUCCAGCCGCGCUGCCCCGCAGCCUGUCCCGCCUGCGCGAGUGCCCGGGCCGCUCCCGCAUCGUGCUGGCGCUCGGGGCCACGCAGAUGGCGCUCGGAUGCCUCAUCGUGGCAGUCAGCUUCGCCGCGCUGGCGCUCACCACCUCGGCCCGCGUCCGCCACUCCUGCCCCUUCUGGGCUGGCUUCUCGGUGCUGCUGUCGGGACUCAUAGGUGUCGUCUCCUGGAAGAGGCCUCUCUCCCUUGUGAUAACCUUUUUCAUGCUGCUUUCUGCAGUGUGUGUAAUGCUGAAUUUGGCUGGUUCAAUUCUCUCUUGUCAGAAUGCUCAGCUAGUCAACUCCCUAGAAGGCUGCCAGUUGAUUAAGUUUGACAGUGUGGAGGUGUGUGUCUGCUGUGAGCUGCAGCACCAGUCGUCCGGCUGCAGCAACCUCGGGGAGACGCUGAAGCUGAACCCGCUGCAGGAGAACUGCAACGCUGUGAGGCUGACCUUGAAGGAUCUCCUCUUCAGCGUGUGUGCCCUCAACGUCCUGUCCACUAUCGUGUGUGCGCUGGCCACAGCCAUGUGCUGUAUGCAGAUGGUCUCCUCCGACAUCCUGCAGAUGUUCCUUCCGCAGAGGUCACAUCCUGCCAACCCCGCCUGCGUGACUCCUCACGGCACCGUUCUCCACCAGACCCUGGAUUUCGACGAGUUCAUCCCCCCACUCCCGCCUCCACCCUAUUACCCCCCAGAGUACACCUGCACACCAUCCGCUGAGGCACAGAGGGGCCUCCACCUGGACUUUGCUCCGUCUCCAUUCAGCACUUUGUAUGACGUGGCCAUCAACAGCCCCGGCCUGCUCUAUCCUGCUGAGCUCCCCCCUCCGUACGAGGCAGUGGUGGGCCAUCCCCCUGCCAGCCAGGUUACAAGUAUAGAUCAGCAGGUGGCCGACUCCAGCUCUGGGGACCCAAACACCAGUGCUGGCUUCAGCACUCCAGUACCAGCUGACAGCACAAGCCUCCUGGUGUCCGAGGGCACUGCUACACCAGGUUCCAGCCCAUCCCCCGAUGGCCCUGUGGGCGCCCCAGCACCCUCUGAACCUGCCCUUCCCCCUGGCUGCGUGUCUCCAGAGGAUCCUGGCAUGGGCUCACAGGUGCAGCCAGGUCCCGGGCGUGUGUCCCGCUCCACCAGCGACCCCACCUUGUCCAUAUCUGGCAUGGCAGGUGAUGCCUCUUCACACAGGCCGUCGUGUAGCCAGGACCUGGAAGCAGGACUGUCCGAGGCUGUGCCUGGGAGCGCUUCCAUGUCUCGCUCUGCCACGGCUGCCUGUCGGGCCCAGCUUUCACCAGCGGGGGACGCAGAUACCUGGAAAAUUGACCGACGGCCAACACCAGAGCCCUUCCCGGCAGCCUCCAAAGAGCAGCCACGCUCUUUAGUGGACAGCAAGACCUAUGCGGACGCCAGGGUUUUGGUGGCCAAGUUUUUGGAACACUCACACUGUGCCCUCCCCACCGAGGCACAGCACAUGGUGGGUGCCAUGCACUUGGCUGUCACCAGCGAGGAGCGCCUCGAGGAGGAGGCCGGCUUCGGCGCUGGCGUUCUGGACCAGUUCCCCAAGAAUCCUGGGCCCUGAAGGUGGUCAGUGCCCACAGCGUGGAGCUCAUGCCGCUGUGGGCAGGCCAAAGAGGAAGGCUCCUGCCCAUCCAAGACCCACGGCCUAACCCUGCUGGACACCAGGCCCCCGCCUCUGACCAAAGCCCAUGCUUGCUACCUGGCUUUCCCACACCAGGUGAUACCAGAACGGUGGCCAUGAAGAAAGGUAAGUGCUGGCAGAGCUGCCAGAAUUGUCACUCUAGACAGGCUGCAAAGGACCCACAGGGUGCAGACAGGGUGCUGGGAUGGGCAGUCCGGCUUUUACACACACACACACACACACACACACACACGCAUUCACACCUUUCCCAGGGGCCAUUCACGUUGAAAUCCGAAGAAGCCCAAGGCUCCCUGAUUCCAUUAGUGCUCUGCGGACGUGUCUCCCCACUGGGGCAAGUGGGUCAAGAACCUGUCGCUGACCCUGUUACCUGUCAGCAUUGCUGGCACCUCUAGUUGCAGCGGGGCAUUGCCCAGCUGACACCUGGUGCCCAGAGCGCCCACCCACCGAACUCAUUAGUGACAGCUUCCAAGUUUCAGGAUCCAGGAGGAGCACAGAGCAGCCGCAGCUGCCACAGCAUAGUGAACUUGCAGAGCCGCAUCCAAGCUGUGAAUGAGAGGACAGGCAGGCACCCGCCGCUCUCAGGUAACAGACCAGUCACACACACGGCUUUUCAUCACGACUUCAGGUUUAUUAGUGAUAUGCGCGAAGUCUUCCUACGGGUAGCUGCAUGCAACACACGGCACUCCUCGAAUACAGUCAUCCUAAAGCUUUAGUUACUGCGUGGUAAGGCUUCUUAAGUCACAGUGUAUUCUUCAAGGCCUGGGCCAAAAAAAGAGAGAGACUUCGAGACAAGAUGACAUCAGAUUACAUGGAUCGCUAAUGAAUGAACCAAGCUGGACUAGAUCUGACUUGAUCUACACACAUGCCACUACUGCUCAGGGCCGCCGCGCCACGCUGGCCAAGGGGUCUGCACUCACGGCUGGCUGCCUUAGGCGCGGCCGAGGUCGCGUUUUCUAGAGUGGGUUUCGUUUCCUCGGGGGAGCAUGUGUGUGGAUGUGUGUAGAUCGAUUUUAAAAAGAGGGGGCAGACGCCUGUGCCCUCCUUGUCUCUGUGGGAGCCCUGCCCGGGGAUACAGCCGGGUGGGAGGGUGCCCAGAAGAGAUGACGGGAGAGGCAGGUGUGGUCAUUGGUCACAUUGGAAAACCCUAGAGUCUGAAAAGCAGCCUGCCAAAAUAAAAAAGUCCAAACAGUAAUAAUAUCUAAAUAAAUAGGGAGUUUUCAUGUUGUGGCCAUCAUCCUUUAUUUACAAUCAAUCACAUGUCCCCAACCU